AUGGCACUCCUGACCCUCAUUUCGCCCCUUUUAUCCCUCAAUAUUUCGACCUCUCUACGCCCGGAAGGAGCUACCAGGGAAAGAGCUUUGAACACUUCUCAACUUGGAAUUUCCGUGGGGAAUUUGGAGCCAGAAAAUUCCUACAAAUUCCGAAUUUUCGCUUCCAACCAAUUCGGAGCCGGCAAAAUUUCCCCGGUGCUGAAAAUUUCCACCCCUCCUGAAGCGCAAACCCCCGGCCCUGUGGAAAAUUUCCGAGCUUUUCCAGCCUCUCCCACCUCCAUCCAGAUUUUUUGGGAUCCUCCUCAAUUUCCUGACGUUCCCAUCCAAGGAUUUCGUCUCUUCUGGAAAGAAAAAGGCACAGGAAAAGAGCAGAGUGUGGAUGUGGAUGGGCACUCGUACGUGCUGGAGGGGCUGAAGAAAUUCCAGGAGUACGAGCUGAGAGUGCUGGGGUACAACGGGGACAGAGAGGGGACGGCAGCGCGGGAGAUCAGCGUGACAACGUGGGCUGACGUUCCCAGUGCAGCUCCUCAGAACGUGACGUUGGAAGUGGUGAAUUCCAGGAGCAUCAGGGUGAGGUGGCAGCCGCCCCCCCCGGGCUCCCAGCACGGUUUCCUCACCGGCUACAAAAUCCGGCACCGGAGAAAUUCCCGGCGAGGAGAGACGGAAACCUUGCAAGGCACGAACCUCUGGUGCCUCUUCACAGAUUUGGACAAGGGCAGCCAGCACAGCUUCCAAGUGGCGGCGAUGACGGCGAACGGGACGGGGCCGCCCUCGGCCUGGGUGGCAGCUGAGACUCCUGACCAUGAUCUGGAUGAAUCUCAGGUUCCUGAGCAGCCCAGCUCGCUGCACGUGCGCCCUUUACCCUCAGGGAUCUCGCUGAGCUGGACGCCGCCUCAGAACGCGAACGUUGUGAUCCGGGGCUUCCUCAUUGGCUACGGGGUGGGCAGUCCCUACGCUGCCACUGUCACCCUGGAGCCCAAACAAAGGUCCUACAACAUCCUAAACUUGGAACCCAAUUCCCAUUAUGUGAUUUCACUGAAAGCUUUCAACAACGCCGGCGAGGGAAUUCCUCUCUAUGAGAGUGCGACCACCAAAGCUGCAG